AUGCCAGUCAACACGAUAAGUAGUCCAUUUGUCGGACAUGCACGAAAGAAGAGCGUGGCAGAGAAGCUGGCCACCAGGCUCUACGACCUCGCCCGCCGCGUCGACGACCGACCCGCAGGCCAGCCGACAACAGCCCAUCCCGGCGCGACGCCAAUCGUCGUCGUCUGCAUCUCUGACACGCACAACACCAAACUGUCCGAUCUCCCCAUGGGCGACAUCCUCGUGCAUGCCGGAGACCUCUCGCAAUUCGGCACCUUCGCCGAGAUCCAGGACCAAUUAUCGUGGCUCGCUUCCCAGCCUCACCCGCACAAGAUCGUGAUCGCGGGUAACCACGACUUGCUGCUAGACGUCGAUUUCGUGGCGACGCAUCCUGAUCGGGAGUUAGACCGGCCGGGCAAGGGCCGCGGUGAUCUCGAGUGGGGGGACGUGCAGUACUUGGAGCACGAGGCUGUAGAUCUCAUGGUGGAUGAUAGAUGGAUUCGGGUUUUCGGCAGCCCUUGGACUCCUCGGUGCGGAAGCUGGGCGUUCCAAUACGAAAAUGGGAAUACCCCGUGGGAAGGCGCAGUACCGGAUGGGACGGACAUCGUGGUGGUACAUGGGCCGCCAAAGGCUCAUCUUGAUGACGGCGGCAAAGGAUGCGAGGCGCUGCUCAAGGAAUUGUGGAGGGCGAGACCGAGAGUGGUGGCAAGGCUAUGGCCUCCUUGCGCCCGCAAGAAAAGUCAGGCCAAACUCCCCGACGUUGCUCAGAACGUACAAGACGACGAGCUCCUCUUCCCCUCCUGGCCCCCUCCUGACCCCUGCGAGCUCAUCUCGCGCCGCGACUUCUACCUCGAACGCCUCCGCCGCCGCAAGUAUCGCGCACCCGAAGGCGUCUUCACCGACACGCCUCUCUACGCGCUUUACCGCCUCUACGAAUGGCUCCUCCUCGAUCACACUGUCAACCUCCGCAACGAGCUCGAGCUCUUCUGGUGGGCGCGCUGGCCCGUCUCUUCCAUCCCCGACCCGGGAGACCAGGGCAGCAACCCUGAGCGCUACGCCGUCCUCUCCUGCAUCCCGGCCUUGCUCGUCGAGAGCUUCAACGAGCGCAUCAGGUUGGGCUUGCGCCGUGAGGAGCCCAAUUCCAUUCUCUCGCUCGAGGAGCAGUUGGCUUGGGCUGCGUCGCCGGAGAAGUUCGAGACCGUGCCAGAGUGGACGAAGAAUGUCCCGCCCCUCGAGAACGUGUUGCACAUUCCCCUUUCCGGGGUCAUGGUUCCGCCGCUGGCAGGGAUGGAUGAUCCGGAUGCAGACCCGGCCUUCAAGGAGAAGAAUAUUCUGAUGCGAAAGCCCCAUAUUCACUUUAUAUGA